GACGUCAACUGCACCAGAGAGAAAUCGGACAAACAGUUGGCGGAAAGUCGUUAGCGUAGGGAAGUAAUAACUCUUUGACCAAAAGCUUCUCUAGCCUGACUAACGUAAUGAGGUAGAUUGUCAGACAAGUAAUAACACAUAUCUUGAUUGAAAUAGACUGGCUUAGCCACAGUGAAAAUGGACCAGGAGUUUGAAGACAUAGAUUCAGAGGGCCGGUGGCAAAAACUCUACCUAGAAAUUAGGAAUCAGUCCCACGAGUGCUCCUACAAAGUGGCAAAGUAUCCAGAGAAUCGCAACCGUAAUAGAUACAGAGAUGUCAGUCCAUUUGAUCAUAGUCGGGUGAAGCUGGAGAGCACAGAAAAUGACUACAUCAAUGCAAGUCUGGUGGUCAUGGAGGAAGCCCAGAGAAGUUACAUAUUGACUCAGGGCCCCCUCAGGAACACCUGUGGCCACUUUUGGCUCAUGAUCUGGGAGCAGAAGACCAAGGCAGUCAUCAUGCUCAACAGGGUCAUUGAGAAAGGCUCAGAAAAGUGCGCCCAGUACUGGCCCACUGCUGAGGAGAGGGAGAUGGCCUUCAGAGACACACGUUUCUUGGUCACGCUGUUGUCAGAAGACACCAAGUCUUACUACACCACCAGAGUGCUGGAGCUGCAGAAUAUUAAUACGGGGGAGAAGAGAGAGAUCUACCACUUUCAUUACACCACGUGGCCUGACUUUGGUGUCCCAGAGUCCCCGGCAUCCUUCCUAAACUUCCUCUUCAAAGUGCGGGAGUCGGGAGCGCUGGGGGUGGAUCACGGGCCGGCUGUAGUGCACUGCAGCGCUGGAAUCGGACGCUCUGGGACGUUUUCGUUAGUCGACACGUGUGUGGUCCUGAUGGAGAAGAGGAAAGACCCCUCAUCAGUGGACAUCAAAAGCAUCCUGUUGAACAUGAGGAAGUACCGUAUGGGCCUGAUCCAGACCCCCGACCAGCUGCGCUUCUCCUACAUGGCUGUUCUCGAAGGAGCCAAGUGCAUCAUGGGAGACUCCUCUGUACAGAACCGGUGGCAGGAGUUGUCCAGGGAAGAUCAGGAACCCAAAUCGGAGUCUCCCCCUUCAAAUCAGACUCAAGCCAGGUGUCCGACAGAGCGGUGCAAUGGCAGCCAGCGGGGAGGUCAGCUAGAGGAGGGAGGCGACUACAGACAGGAUGGCAAAGUACCCACACAGUCUCCCUGCAAGGAACAAGAGCUGGACAGCAGCACAACACACAAACGACGCAGAGAAGACAGUAUCUCCAAAUCAGGAACAGCGAAGACACCCCACAGCAAGCCCAGGACAAAUGAUUCAGAGAAGAAGAGAAAAAGGGCGAAAACCAGCGACUGCUAACCACCUCCACCUGCAGACCCACGCACGGACAGCUCUGACAGCAAAGCCAACAUCGGCAGGGAACUCCAGCCUCUCUCCCAACCUCUGUGCCCUUCUUCCUCGACUCCAAAAAACUCUUCCUCACCUCCACCUCAACAGCCAGAUCUCCUCCCUUCAACGCUUUUUAAAAACCUUUUUUUCCCCCCAAGCCCAGUAACAUUAUUCAGCCACCGCACGCCUCCCUCGCCUCUGUCCCCCACCUCACAGGUUUCCCGUGUCUCCUCAUCCUCUCUAAACAGUUUACAGCAGACACUUCGACAUUCUUUGAAGAGAGCACAUUUGAAAAGAGAAACACACCAGCGCCUCAUCCCACGGUCACACCUCAACCUCAGUCUGCUCUGCUUCUGGAGUCCAAAAAUCUUAAUUUUUUUUUGCUUUAAUAUUAUUAUUUGCAGCUUUGUCAUUCUAUUAUGCUUCUUUGCGUUUAUGAAAUUAAGACUGAUAAUAGUGGCUAUGCAUUGCCAAUUUGUAAUGCUGUUCAUAUGUGUAUUUUCAGAAAAACCUUUUUUCAGAGGGGAAAAUAAAAAUGUUCUAUUUUUUAUAAGAGAUUACUUGAAGUUUUUCACGGUGAUGGCGGCGGGUUGGUUAAAUAUCAAAAGCACUGCCUCCCUCCCACAUGAGAAAUUCAGUGGCAUGUGAUGUUUCCAUAAUGUACAUAGUGUUCUUUUUAAAAAGAUGUGUGUAAAAAGACAUAUUUUUGCUUGUAAACAUAAAACAAGAAGACGAACAACAUGCACAAAUUUGAUGUUACAGAUUUUAAUACAGUAGAAAAAGCUGAUUUGAUAAGUUGUUCUCCUUCUGAAAUGAAUUUGUCUUAAAUUCUUUUUAGAGUGUAAUCUUCUAAUAAAAACUGGUAUUAUCUAGUUUACAUAACAA